AAAGUAAUUUUCUGUCUUUAUUUUCUGUCUUUACACCUGUCUCCAAACCUCUUUGUUUCCUGUCCAAAGCCUGCAGGCGGGACAUUGGACAGACAGGCUCUCUUAGCAGCAUGGCAGCGACCAACCCUUCCUCCUGCCACCUUCUCCUCUUCUUCCUCCUCUCCUUUCUUAUAACUCAGCGUGUCCUCACCCAGGACCCAUCUGCCACUACGGUUACGGUAACCGAGGGUGACCCGUUCAACAUCCCCACCACGUUGGCCAACCAGACGACUCCCAGCUAUGCGGAGAGCACUCAGAACACUCCUAUAGAGACAGGGCUGUCCACUCCCACCAGCGGUGGAGAUGCGGAUGACGAAGACGUCCUUCCCACCGGCGGGACACGUUGCCAGGGUUACUACGACGUGAUGGGCCAAUGGGACCCGCCGUUCAACUGCAACGCCGGUGUCUUUCUGUACUGCUGCGGGACCUGCUUCUACCGCUUCUGCUGCCAGUUCCGCCAGCAGCGGCUGGACCAGAGCAUCUGCUCCAACUACGACACGCCCAUCUGGGCCAACACCGGCAAACCCGUGGCCACCAUCACCGAGGGCCAGGACGACCAGGAGCGGGACCGAACACACCUCAUCGUCUACAUUAUCUGCGGCGUGGUGGCCAUCAUGGUCCUGGUGGGCAUCUUCACCAAACUGGGCCUGGAGAAGAGCCGCGGAGGAAGUGCAGGAAGCGGAGCGGGGACGGGGAACACUGACCUCAACUCCAGGACACUGACAGACGUGCUGAAGGGAGGUGAGGUGAGCUCAGUGGAAAACGUUGCGGCCAAUUCGCCCAGCGGAGGGAGAGCUAACGGCGUUUCAGCCAGGAUGCUGCGCAGCAGGAGUGAACAGUACCAUCUGAAUAACUCGGCUUACGGCCAUUUGGCCAAGGGCUGCCACACCCGCAGAGGCAACCACAGCACAGUAGGACUCACAUAUACCUCCCUCAAAGCUGUGGCGCACACCGCGUCUCGUAGCUACUACAAGAGUUUCCCGCUCAUGGACUUCUCCCAGUACCAACCUGUGGCACCUCCUGCCUUCCAGCCUGUGCCUGUUCCGCCCAAAGAGAAAUCCUACGUCCACCAGUCCGCGUCGGCGCACCAUGAUCUCCACGCCCCCCUCUCCAUCUCCAUCCCCUCCAACCACCUGGAGCACUCGCGCCUCCCCAAGACCACCACUCACCCGCUGCUCUCCAGCUCGGCCUUCAAAGCCUGGGAGCCAACUGGCCGCCACGUCCACCGACAGGCCUCUGCCCCGGGGCACGCCUCCUCCUCCAUGCACAACUCUACCCGGAGACAUGCCUACUCGACCCGGAGGCACGAGAGCAUAGAGAACAUGCCGGAUCUCUUUAGCCAGCCCUAUGGAGGGAUGUACGGAGGAGCUGGAGGGGGGGCAGGGCAGGGGCAGCAUGUACAGGGGCAACACCCAUCUCAACCCUCCUACUACCACCACAACAGGCAGAAGAGUUACUCCACUCACAGUACAACUGAGGUGACCGUCUGAGCGGCAAGUCUUUAGAGAGCAGCGUGCUGAAAUGUCUCAUACUAACAAAAACCUUUGGUCCUAGCUUAAUGCCAGUUAGGGACAGUUAGCCCAACAAGUGAGAGAUAUUAAACACAUUCAGAUUUACAAGAUGAAAAGGGGGAUUUUGAUAAAUGGAAACAGUGAGAUUCAGGAGAUAAGCAGCAUAACAAAACCACCAGUCUUACAGAUAAUGCACUCAGCUUGUAAAGAUUAUUCUUGGAGUCCAGCAAGGGUCUUGUGCAUUGCUCAUAUAAAGCAUAUAGACUGUGGCUGAAAGGAAAUCAACCACUCUCAGGCUCCUAUACUGUAGGUCCUACAGAAUCUUACAGGUCUUUAUACAUUCUCAACGAGUACAGCUUUUGUGGUUUCAUUGUGGUUGUACUGACCUUAUAGGAAUAGGGAUAGGAGAACUGAACAACUUUUACAUGUACCAGCUCUUAGGGAGCAAGCUUGAUUGUGUCUGUGAAGUUUUUACAUGAUGGCUUCCUGUCAGAUUUAGCAGGAAUGAACAGAGCAUUUGUGGUAACUCCAAUUACAUUUAGGAACAGUAGGUCCUCGGUACAUGUUGCUACAAAAUAGCAACGUGACUCAUGGUUAGGUUUGGUUGUUAAAAACAUUCCAGAAUAAACUGUAUCCAGAGGCCAUACUUCCUAAUUUUUUCAAUUAAAAACAGCCAUUUAGUGCUAUCAUCUAUCGUAAUGUAAUCAAUUUCUGCGGUUCAUCUACAGAAUUUAGACCUCAGGAACCAUUCAAUUAAUACAGUUAAUUUGGAGGAACACUGAAAAUCCUUUACGUUCAUUGGCCACCAGUAGAACUUGCAAAAUCAUUUAAACAAAUAAUGUCCUUUUAAACCGAUACCACUCUCAAAUCUGUAUGCUAAAUAAGAAACUUCUGUCAGCUGCCAGUUAGCUUAGCUUAGCAACGGUUACAAAAUACUUAGGAGCGCAGUCUUCAUGCUAGCUAUGCUAACGGCCUAAUGUUGGUAGCUUUACAUUUACCGUAAAGACACAAGGGUGGUGUCAAUCUUCUCAUCUAACACUGCAAGAAAGCAAAUAGACAUAUUUUCCAAAAUACUAAACUGUUCCUCUUAGCUACUAAGUUACCAUUGCAUGGAACAACAGGGACGUGUAAGGGGAAAUUCAACAGAAACAUGAAGUGAAAAAGUGACUAUAUUCCUGUAAUAAAUACUGGAAUAAUAAGCUUCUUAUCAUUUGCUUUUUGGCACAGACAUGAGAUCAUACUUUCACUAAAAUGCUUUGCAGUGCAGUUUCAGAGUUCUUAACAACUCCAGUGAGUGCGGUUUAUUCUGUAGUCAGAUUUUGAAGCACAAAUUAAAAAAUUGUUAUUGGUUGGUUUGUGGUAUUGGGCAGUAAAAAUCCUACUUAUUUUAGGCAUGAAUGGAAUAUAAGGGUUUCUAGUGACAUAAAUUAUCUCAAUGUAACACCGUACAAGUUAUUUAUAGGCCCCGUAGAUGCCAUGUGUGUAUUUCUUUGAGAAUUCCCUCCUGUUCUUCUUGUAAACUCUCUACUACUUUGCAUCUCUCGGUCUACCUCCAUGCACAGCUGUUUUGUUUUUUGUUUAUAUCCCUCUCGGCCUCUCCCACCCUCUUUCCAUGAUGAAGCGCUUUGCAUUCUGUACCAUCAGGCCAAGUAUACAGGGACAGCAUCCCUGCGGUCACAUUAACUCGACGGCGAGGACAAUGCCACCAUCAUGUCAGCUCCCAUCAGCCUCCAUCCCGUCCAGAGAGAGGGAGAGGAGAAAAAAAGAGGGACGUUGCGGGACCCAGAGGCUGGGACUCUUUAGAAAAGAAGACAAAGAGAGAAGAGAGAAGCGAAAAUAGUGAAAAACAAAUGAACAUGGCCACAUGUUUUCUUUCCCCAGGGAAUGGAAAGGGACGGAGUCAUUGUGGAUCUGGGUCUCUCACUACUAAGCUGUCUGGGUCAUAACUCAGAGUGUGUGGACGUGUGUGGAUGCCUGUGUGCAAAACCCCCAGGCACCAUUACAGGGGAACUCGCUGAGGCACUUCCAGGCCUGAAGCGUUACACAUGUCUCAUCUUGUCUCGGAAGCCUGUACCGCAAAGGACAGUGUGUGCAGAGCUGCUGCAAUGAACACGCAACAGUUAAUGCAAAGGUUUAUGGCUGCAACACCCUCAGGAACUGCACAAUGAAGUGAGCUGUUAACGACGAUUGCACGUGUGUCCAGAAGCGUUUCCGUAAGGGUCUGUAACAGGUCCAACAUUUGUCCUGAAAGAGCAGAAGAGAAGAUUUUAUUAUGAUAAACUUUUUAUUUGAUUAUUGCGUGAAGUGCUUUUCUCACAGCUAAAUUAAGAGUCAUAAUGAUCGGACACAGAGCCAAGAAUAUAACACAACAAUAUUAAAUAACCAAACCCCCUCUUUGCCGCUAAACUACACCCAUAUAAACAUCAUAAAGCCCAUUAUAUAACUUCAACAAAUUUGGCCAAAUCAAAUUCAGGUGGCAACUUUGACACACACAGAUACACAGGUGCUGCCGCUGCCGUGUUUUCUUUAAGAAUAUGUCUAGUACAUUUGAACAAUGCUAUUAAGUGGCACGAGAUAACCACAAAUACUGUAGAUAUCUGAAAAUAGGAGCUUUUACAAUGGAAUCAGAUCAGUCUUUCUUCUCACUGCCAAAAUCUGCCUCUCCACAACAUCCACACACAGCGCACCACACAAUGUCUCAAAGACAGAUCUCGUCAGGGGAUGUUUUAUAAGCAUCUUGCUGCAGACGGGGCCCAUUUCAACCUAUAAUCACCGUCUUUCUCCGAUUUCUACUCUACAACAUAUGUUUUAACAAGUUUUAGAAAAUGAAGCAUUAGGACUACUGUGACUAAUGCUUUGGUCAAAAAACCAGCACUUCUCUCUUUCACAAACACAUCUCUUCUUCAUAAGUUUGCUCGCGAUUUGAUGCAAAAGUCAUUUUGGCAUUACCAAUGCAGCAAAGGAUCUUGGGCAGGAAUUAUUUCCUCUCAAUGCUUGAUGUUGUAAGUUAAAAUGUUGCUCAGACACAAAAUCUGUUUGUUUUUUAAUGAGCAAUAGACGUUAAGUUCUUUGCCGUAAACAAGUGCUUCCAAUGUUUUCUUGGUAUGAAAUCAUGCAUUUUCCCCACCUAAAACACUAUUACCCCUCUGUUCUUGUCAUCUAUUCGUGAUAAAUGUUUCUCAUCUUGUGUACAUUUAAAAUUCAAUCUUUUUUGAAUGUGAGGUUUUAGGUAGUGGAAACAUCAUUGGAAAGACCAUGUGUUCUGCUUUAUUUCUGAAUAUUGUGUAAAUAUGUGGAUUUAAUGGACUUUUAUAUAUAUAUAUUUUGUUUGAAUAAGGGCUGUAUGAACUAAGUCAUUUUAAGUCUAAGAGUACUUAUUACAAUUGCUGUCCGAUUUUAACAGAUUAUUUCAUGUUAAGGAUUUUAGUAACAUGAAACAUAAUGCAUAGAGAGAUACUACAUUAGCUGAGCUGUGCAAUUUUCUAAUGUGCAAUAGAGGAGGAUAAAGAAGGUCUGCUGUACUGUCUGUCACAUUAUUGCAGUGGGUUUUUACAUUAGUGGCAAAACACAGUGACACCAGUGAACUGCAGUUUAGGACAAAGUAACUAUAGAGCAGACAGGGUGGUGUUUCUAUAAUCGAUUACACAAUACUGGCUGAUAUAGUAAUUUGACUUGCAGUGAGCAUGCAACGGUUGGAUGAAAACUGGUUUGCAAACGCAGAGUGAAGAUUGUAAAAAUUAGCGCUUUGUAAGGAUACUAGGCUGUGCAAAAGAGUUUUUUUUGCACCAAAUGAAAGGAAGGACAUCACCCCACUUUGCCACUAAGAACCUCUGCAGGUUACUGUCUUGGAGUAUCUUAUAGUGUAUGUUUAACAAAGGAAUAUAUAAGAGAAAAGAUCAAUUAAACAUUUGUGAUAAAUGUAUAAAUACAAAUAAAGCUAAGUUAAUCCAAAGUGUAUUGGUUAAUUAGCUAAAAAUGUGUAUAUACUGUAUGUACCUGUACUUCUUAUUACAACAAAACAGCUCAUUUUUACCCAAAAUGUUCCACGCAUAGAAUUGUUUAGCAACUGAUGCCCUUUUGAAGAUAUGUCAUAUUAAAGAUUGUAAAA